CAUUGCUUCUACAACCCAUUUAACGCGGUGGACACGUUAAUGUCAUCAUCAUUUUCAUAUAUAGUUCAAACGUUCAAUUUUUUUUUACUAUAAAUAAAACGUUCAACUCAUUUGCUAGUGAAUUUCAUUUUGUUUUUUUCUUUGGUUUUUUGCACAUCAUAAAUUUUGUAUCUUCACGUGUUUUUUUGUGUUGAUUGAUAAUCCAAUCGUUUUUGUCUUGUUUGUAUUGAUUAUUGGUUAUCAAUUUCUGAAUUGAAAAAUGGCUACAUCAUCAAUGAAUCCAACCCCAUUUUUUGGGUCAAAAAUUUCAUUGAUUUCUAAAUCGGAAAUUCGUUAUGAAGGUAUUCUCUAUACUGUUGAUGCAAAAGAGUCAACUAUUGCUCUUGCUCAAGUACGGUCAUUUGGUUCGGAAGAUCGUGUCGUUGAGAAACCGGUACCGCCACGAGAUGAAAUAUUUCAAUAUAUAAUAUUUAGAGCAUCUGAUAUCAAGGAUUUGAUUGUGGACAAACCGCCAUCACCAGCAUUGACUGAUCCUGCCAUUAUACAAGCGCAUUCGACAACAUCUCAACCAUCACCGUUCCCAUCAUCAUUUCCGCAGACUUCAGCCGGUGGACCAGCCGCUGGUGUCAAUGCCGGUCAAUCUGGUUCUGGUGCAAGCACUUCGGCCUCAUCAAUUCAACAACAAUUACAGCAAGCUGGUAUUCAGAGUGCUUCGACUGCCGCUGUUGGAUCGAAAUCAUCCGGUGGUCAAUCAUCUGUUAAUGCUGUGCAACAUCCAGAAUCCUCUAAUAAACAAGCUAAUAAGCCUAAUGCUACAAGUGCGCAAAUUGCUUCAAGUUCUAGUGGUAGUCAAUCACAUCAAGGAUCGAAAACUCCUGGUGGACAAAAACAAUUACCACAACGCACUUCGAAUCAAUUGAAUCGUCAACAACAACAACAACAACAGGCAUCAACAUCAUCAUCGCAACAAAAUAAUCGUCACGAUGGAUCAAGUGGUGGAGCAUUCAUGAAUCGGCAAAAUAAUUUCACCAAUAGACGCAUGAAUAUAAAUCAAUCACGUGGUGGUGGACAGAUGAAUGGAUUUCAACAACGAAAUGGUGGCAUAAGUAUGGGUGGCUUUCAACGAACCUCAUUUUCUAAUAGAUUUCAGAAUCAACAUGGUGGUCAUCGCCAGACUGGUGGUAUCAGUGGCUUUAGUAAUUUUAAUCGUCGACAGACUAAUCGUAAUUUUGUUUCAAAUCGAAAUGUUGGACAUCAUACAAAACCUACAUUGAAUUUACCUGAUUCAGAUUUUGAUUUUGAAAAAGCCCUAGAUGAAUUCAAACAAUUAGAAGAAAAAUUGGCCGGUUUGAGAGUCAAUGGUGAUUCAACGAAUGUUGCUACAAGUUCUGAUGCUGAAACAUCUAAUUCUAAUAGUGAACAAACGAACGCUGCUCCUAAAACGGAAGUCGAUGCAUCAUCGAAAGAAGGUUGCUAUAAUAAGGAAAAAUCCUUUUUCGAUCAAAUUUCUUGUGAAGCUUUGGAACGAGAAAAAGGAAAUGUCCAACGUGUUGAUUGGAAAGCCGAACGAAAAUUGAAUCGUGAAACGUUUGGUGUUGUUGCUCCGAUGCGUCGUAAUAAUGGAUACCGACCAAACAAUCGUUUCGGUGGCUAUCGUGGUCAUCAACAUAAUUAUCGAAGUCGAAGUGGUCAACGAGCUAAUUAUUCAGGUGGAUAUACGGCUAAUAAACCUCAACAAAAUGGUGUACCCAAUUCGAAUGCAUCCUCAACGACCAACAACAAUACAACCGCGGUAGCAUCAACUUCUGCUGCUGCUGCUGCUGCAUCCGUUUCAUCAUCAAAUCUGGUACCCGUAUCGCCGGCUAAAAAUUGAAAUUGCUUACACUAUUGACCGUCGAUUACAUCUUUUUUCGGCCGUUAUCUCCAUUAAACCAAUGAACAUUCUCUUUAUUUUCAAGAAAAUUUCAAUUUCAUUUAAACUUCGAUUUGUGCCGUUCCACACAUACACACAUACAACAACAAUCACAUUAAUUCAUAUAUAUUUCUGAUGUUCUCUUGCUCUUCACACAAUUUUUAUUGAAUGUGAAGAAACAUACAAUUCUUUGCUUAGUUUUUCAAUUUUUGUUCUGUCACCAUUUGUCCACACACACACACACACACACACCCAACCGCAUAUACCCACCAACACACACUUAUAUCACACACUAUUGAUAAUGAUAUGAUAAUUUUGAAAUCUACUUUAAUCUUCGAAUAUCAAAUUAUAUUUUUGUUGAUUGAGAAAAAAAAUGGUUUUUUUGGAUAAAAAAAAAACAUCUUAAAUAUUUUAGCGACAUCAGUCAUCACCAUCACUAAUAAAUAGAUGUAUAACCACAAA